AUUUCCCGAAGUAUGGGUUGUCGACUAUCCAAAACUUCGAAUGAACAAGUGCGUGAUAGAGAAAUCAAUCAACAGCUUAAACAAGAAAGGAGCCAGUUACAAAAACAAGUCAAAUUGCUUAUGUUGGGUGCCGGAGAAUCAGGCAAAUCAACUGUACUUAAGCAAAUGAAACUAAUUCAUGGAGGCUAUUCACCCAAAGAAAGAGCUCAAUACAAGGAAAUCAUUUAUUCAAAUACAAUACAAUCCAUGCGUGUCAUAUUAAAAGCCAUGGAAAAGAUGGAAAUCGAAUUAGAAGAUCCAGAUCAUGCCAAGUACCGUGAUAUCAUUUAUGACACGCCAAUGCAGAUUAGCCGCCUUCCCACAAAAGUGGCAGAUGCCUUACGUGUGUUGUGGAACGAUGCACAUGUGUUGACGGCCUUUGGUCGAAGCCGCGAAUACCAAUUGAAUGAUUCAGCCAAAUAUUUCUUUGAUGCUCUGGAUAGAAUAAGCAAUCCAGACUAUCUGCCUACAAACCGAGACGUAUUAAUGACUCGAGUCAAGAGCACAGGCAUUACAGAAGUAGUGUUUAAGAUAGGUGAUGUUGUUUAUCGUAUGGUAGAUGUGGGUGGUCAGAGAUCAGAAAGGAAGAAGUGGAUCCAUUGUUUUGAUGAUGUUGUCGCUAUUAUCUUUAUGGUAGCUUUGUCUGAAUUUGACCAAGUAUUGAUUGAAGAUGAAAGAGUGAAUCGAAUGGAAGAAUCCUUUGUGCUAUUUGACUCUAUUUGUAAUUCGGCUUGGUUCAAGCAGACUUCCCUUAUCUUGUUUCUCAACAAGACAGAUAUCUUUAAGGAAAAAAUACAAAGCCAGCUGUUGUCCAAUACUUUUCCAGACUACAAGGGCGAGAACACUUAUGAACAGACAAGUCAAUAUAUCAUGAAGCGAUUCUUGUCUCUAAACAGACAGCCUUCAAAACAAAUUUAUACUCAUUUUACAUGCGCCACAGACACAGAACAGAUUGAGUUUGUUAUGUCUGUAGUGAAUGAUAUCAUUAUUAGAGAUAAUUUACAUGACCAAGGGCUAUUAUAAACUUUUUUUUGUAGAAC